AUGCCAUUUGAUCUCACGGGAAAAAAAGUUCUUGUCACUGGAGCUGGAAAGGGAAUAGAACGAGGUGUGGCAAUUACCCUGUGUGAAAGUGGAUGUAAAGUAUACGCCCUUAGCCGUACCAAGGGACCACUUGAUACGCUAGUGGAAGAACAUCCAAGCAUCGUACCAAUUGUGGCGGAUGUUUUAAACUGGGACGACACUCGUGAAAAGUUGGAGAAACCCGAGGCUUUGGAUGGCUUAGUUAACAAUGCAGGAAUCGCUGCUAUUGGGUAUUCCGCUGUAGAUUGGACAAAGGAAUCCAUUUGUAAAGUUUUAGACACAAACCUUCUAAGUGCAAUUAACUGCACGCAGGUAAUAACGAAAAACAUGAUUAAGAUGAAGAUUACAGGGUCUAUCGUUAAUGUGUCAAGCCUUUGUGGAAUAUCUUCUUUCCCGAAAACAUUACCAUAUGUUAUGUCAAAGGCGGGAAUGGAUAUGGCAACGAAGCAAUUUGCCCUCGAACUAGGACCAUAA